CCAUUGUACUUUUCACUCCAUGACAUCCUCCCUCGCCGCGCAGCUCGCGGACAACGCGUCGCUGAAUGCGAACCUAUUGGUCGAUCGCUUAAAAAGAAAGCCGACUCAGUCGUACCUCUUCACCGGGCGCGAUGCGGACAACUACGAUCUCGACUCCAUUCACGCGCUUGCGGUCAAUGGCUUUAGGCAACUUAUUACCCUGACCCCGAAGCUGAGGAAGUACGAAGAUGCGAUCCUUUCUCCAGCUGCGAAGGCCACGGACCGUACGCUGCUUUCAACGGAGACGGACGCGCGCUUGAACGAGAGUCUGAAGGGGGUGAUGAUGCUUCUGGGGGAACACCUAUUGACGGCACCCGCGGGGAAGGUCAUCGAAUGGCUGGUGCGGAGGUUCAGAGUGAACGAGUUCAACGUUGAUGAUGUGCUCGCGCUUUUCCUGCCUUACCUGGAGUCCCCCCACUUCACCAAGAUGCUCUCCAUAUUGUCGAUCCAACCAAGCACCACCUGGGCCUUCCUCCUCCCCUUCAAGUCUGCCGCCUCUCGCGUCCCCCGCUCCGCUCUCGUCGCCGAGAUGCGCAAAAAUCCCGUCGUUGCGCGCUUCAUAUCAUCGCUCGUCCCGAGCGCGAUCCCCUACGGCGCCGCCCACGCAAACCUCAUCAAGUUCAACGUCUCCGUCCUCCGGGACUUCAUCACGCUCGGCAGGACGCUCGACGAGGGCGCGAUCGCGCACCUGCUGCAGGCGAUUCUUGCUCCAUUGCAAAGCAACACUUCGCGCGACGCGGUGCUGGGCAGCUACAUCCUCCUGGCGUCGAUUUCGCACAAGGUGCAGCUGCCGGGUCCCGCGCUGAAGUCGGUCGUGGGCUCGAUGGCUGCGUCGGCGCAUGAGGUUGAGCCGGUUCAGCUGGUCACGGCGCUCGUCAGCGUGUGCGGGCCGCAGGAGGCGCUCUCGUCCUUCUCUCGGAAGGCAUCGAAGUCCGUGUUGCGGCUCGCGGGCAUCGAGGGCGAGUUGGUGAAGGCGUUGCAGUGGGAGCAUGGAGAGAAGGUUGUGGUACCGCUGCUCGCGGGGUCGGUGGAUCAGCUCGAGGACUACACGAACACUUGGGAGGCCGUGCUCGCGGCGGCGAAGGGAACGACGGUGUCCGCGCUCGUCGCCAUCCUCAUCCAAGUGGUCAACGAGGGAGGCGACACCGCAGAGGACGCACGCAACCUGCUGGGCGUGGUGUAUCAGCGUCAUCCGGAAUCUCUCAGUGGCCUGCCAGGCGCGGAUAGUGUGCUGCUUACCAUAUCCAAGAUAGGAUCCUCGGGAAUGGCCGACGACAUGGCGGUCGCUGCUGCGGAUUCGAACGCGGCAACUCGCGUCGCUGCUGUCAAGGAGCUUCUUGCAAGGGCGGAGCGGGAUGAGUUGACAGACUCCACCACCUCCGCCCUCCUCGCCCGUGUCGCCGACGACAGCGCGGACGUGCUCAAUGCCCUGUACAGCCGCCCUGAUGUGUUCACGCCCAUUCUCUACGCGCAGAAGGAAGUAUAUCUGCAGCACCUUGCGUCUGCGCUUGACAGCUCGGUGAAGGUCGAUAGGCACACUUUGAUUGCACACGUUGGCUAUAUCGCUGGUCAGGUUUCAAGAGAAGUCGAUGCUCCGACUCUUGACGCCCUUGUGCGGCUGCUGUUCCCGCACUUGCUGUACACGAAGGCACGGCAGCGGUCGGCGGAGGCGGUGUGGAAGGCUGUAGCGGGGAGCGAGGGACUCGGAAAGCACCCGCUGCUCGUGGAGUGUGGUCGGGUGUGGGAGGCGGCGAGUGCGGAUGAGAAGGACGGUGAAGGUGCGGAGAAGAUGGCGAGGGUGAACCUAAAGGUGGCGAAUCGGAUGGCGGAAAACAUCAUUAUGUCGGACGAGUACGCCGCGCACCUCGAGUUCUUGCUCGCCAGCUUGAAGGGCGAGGAGGCGAACGCACGGCUGCUGGCUGGGCUCGUCGCGAUCGCGCUCCUGCGCCGGAUGUCGGGCGAGCACCAGGUCGGCGCGGCGUAUAGGAUCUUGGAGGCGGUGGAGAGCUUUGGGGGUGUGGUGUCGACGCCGGAGGUUGGUGCGCAAGAAGAUGUGGACGAGCUCGCUAAGGACGAACAUGUCGCAAAGCUGGCGGCACAGAAGACCAAGUCGGCCACGACAGCGCUGUGGUUGCGCCUGGCCAUUAUCAAGCAGAUUGCGACCAUCGCGCGCCCUGCCAACAUCAUCUUGGAUUGGUUGACGAUACUGCCUUCGCGUACCGCCGACACUCGCGGCACCAAAUACGUUAACCUCAUGCGCUCGACCUUCCGCGUCGCCAGCGGCUUCCCUAGCAUUCUCGCCGCCAGCAUCUUCCGCCAGAUCUUUCACACCCUUCAGGAUGAGACCCUCGCUUUCCUCGCCGGUAUCUGGGACGGCGCGGACCCUCUCCUCCAGCCGCAUGACCCGCGCCGCAAGGCCGCGCUUGCGCUGGGCCGCGGGUAUCUCGAGGCGCGCCAGGACGAUGCUGAGCCGACAGACUUCCAGGCGAUCCUGCCGUCCCUGCUCGUCGCCGUGCAAACUGUGGACGCGCGCCUGGCGUUCGAUGUGCUGAAGGUGUUGAGGCAGAGUCUAGAGAGGAAGUUCACGGCGAAGAGCAGGGUGUAUGGGCUGGACACGAUCUAUGGGCCGGGGAGUGGGAAACUGCAGUAUCUUGAGCAGGGGGACCUCAAGCAGUACCUCGAUGCGUUGCUCCAGCAUGAGGCGCACUUCUUGCGAGACUCUGGUUAUGGGCGCAGCUUCCAUCAUGAGCACCUUGCGCCCGCAAAGAAGGACAAGAAGGCUGUGGGAUACAAGCAUCGCGUGCUUUGCUUUCUGCUAUCGCACAUCGAUGUCUUCGUGCUUCCGCAAGCUCAGAUUGCCCUGUUGGGCGCGCUCGAGCUUGUUCCCUCACCCGAGAAAGCGACAAUCCUGCGCCCGACCAUCCGAUCACUCGUGCACAAGGUGCCUACGUACCUCGCCAAUGUUUAUGGCGAUGCGUUGGAGAAGUUCACGGCGCUCGUAGCUUCGUCCUUUGACGCCAGCACCGCGGAUGUGUUGUCGCAAGCGGAUAACGAGCUGUGGAUGGAUUAUGUGCAGACCGUGCAAUACGUCUUCGCGGGUCAGUUCAAGGCGCCGCGCGAUGCGAUCGCAAGCGCUCUCGAGCAAGGGCUGUUCGAGGGGCUGAGCUCUGAGAGGCAGGCUGAGCUUUGCGAAGUGCUACUCGACAUGGACGACGUCGAGGACGUGCCUGCUGUUCACGCGCUACUGUCGAAGUUGCUCGUCGAGGUGCCGCUCAUCAAUCACUUGCUCACGAGCACGCGCCCUGCGGAUGCCACGACGAGCCCCCGGGCCAAGAAGCAGAAGACCGUUGGCGAGACGUCCUACUCGCUGUCUCGCUUGACCAUGCUGGCGGAGGUGCUCGCCGCGAAGGAGCUGCCAGGAUCGUUGGACUUGGUCGCGUGCCUCCUGGACACGCUCGGUGCUGUCGUGCACUCGCCUUCAUCCGGUGCAGAGGUCGGGUAUGUGGUGCAGUUGCUCAUGUCGUCCAUUGGACAUGCGGCCGGCAAGGUCACGGCCUCGACGGUCAUCACUGCUGGGACGAUCCGUGUCGAGGUCUUGGUAGAUGUAAUCAGAAGCGCUUCCAACCCUCAGACGUUCCACCAGGCCCUAUUGCUGAUGGCAGAGCUUACGCGCCUUGCGCCCGAGGCGAUCCUGCGCAACGUCAUGCCGGUCUUCACGUUCAUGGGCUCGAACGUCUUCCAUAGGGACGACACUUACAGCUUCCGCGUCAUACAGAAGACCAUUGAUAUGAUUGUCCCCGUCAUGGCGGACAGUCUGCGCAAGCAAUACACGGACCGUCUGGAACUCUACGUCGCCGCCCGUGACUUCCUGCGUGUCUUCACGGAUGCUGCCAGCCACAUUCCGAGACAUCGUCGGGUCAGCUUCUUCACGCACUUGCUGCAAGUGCUCAAACCUGAGGACUUCCUCGCCCCCGUAUGCAUGCUGCUGAUUGAGCGCGCUACGAACCGAGUUGUGAAGCAGAAGGAGGAGGAUGCACGCGGAUCUCUGUUCCUGCCUCUGACGUUGUUACACCACUUCCCGGCAACGCAGCAGAUUCCCGCUCUCACCGAGAUCGUACACGAAGCAAGUCGCCUUUUGGAGCGCUGCGCCAGCAAAAACUCAGUUGCCAAUUUCCUGGAUUGGAAACUUGACGAUGAGUCAUCAUCCGAGAAGAUCCUUUUCCAGCGCCGCGCGAAGGCCCUCAUCCUGUUCGUUGGCUUUGCACUCAAGACGGGCAGCGUUCAAAGUGGCGACACUACCGUUCCUCAGCUUCUCUUUGCUUUGCUGGGGCUCAGCAUGCGCAAGGAAACCUUGGACCGAUCGGACGAGAUUUACUCAACGUCGAGAUCAUCGUUGGAGCGCCUGCUAUCCGUCAUGCCCGCCGCAGACUUCGUGAUCUCGAUAGAAACGAUCCUUGAAAUGGACGACGACGCUCUCCGCGAGCGUGCAUUGUGCAUAUUCUCGGAGCGGCUGGGCAAGAUAGCAGACAAGGUCCGCAAGCAGGUCACGCCACACGUCCUCAAGAUCAUGAAGGUGGUGCACAUGUUCAUCGAGACGCGCAAGUCGAGUCCGGAAGCAAGCGGCGCCUUCAAAGCCCUGCAGGCUAUCAGCGAGACCAUGUUGCCAGGAGAGGAGUCUGCUUUAUUGGAAUGCGUUGCGCCUACACUGGCGGCGAUAGACGGAAGCAACGUCGCCUUCGCCUUGUCUGCGCUUGCACCUUUGCUAUCCAAACUUGGACCACGCGUGAUACCCUUCCUUCGCCAGGCGGUUGCGCUGUGCGUCAAUGUCCUUCGCUCCGACAGGGCCGAAUUGGAUAACCUGGCGGUAUCUGUCAUCCAGGGUCUGCUGUCCUCUAUCCCGGCUUUCUGGUCAUCGAAUGAGAUCUCCACCGUCUUGACCCUUGUGCUCGAUCGUCCCGGCGCGACAUCCAGCAUAGCGCUCGGCAAGGCUGUCGUCAAGCGUCUGCCUGCCAAAGCUCUGGUCGCAGCUCUUUUCGAUCUGUGGGACAAGGCUUCGACGAACAUCUAUCGGCUUCGUGGCUACUUUGAUCUGCUCAAGCGCGCCUUCCACAAAGCGGACCGUGUCGUUGUCAUCGACGGUGUACGUGAAGCCCUGAAGCGCUUCACGGAGGGCCUCGAGAUAGUUGCGAGCACGCAAUCGGCUGAGCUGGAGAGCAGCCUUGCGGCCGCAUUCAUCGAGAUGGUGGUGAAACUCAACGAGGCCGCCUUCCGUCCAGUAUUCCGCAGGCUGUACGACUGGGCUUUCACGGGCCCCGAUGAUGGUAAUACGAAGCGCGUGACGUUUUGCCAUCUCUACCUUGCAUUGCUGGACUACUUCCGCGGACUCAUGAACCCGUACAUGACUUUCAUGAUCCCCACGAUGGUCGAGCUCUUCGGAUACUAUUCAGCAGGCGCUUUGGACGAUGCCGCGCUCUGGAGCUCCUUGCUUGAGCUUGUGGCGAAGAGUUUGACAUACGAUGACGGAUCAUUCUGGCGCGAAGCUCAACUGCGCAAGCUCGCCAAGCCGAUCGUCGAGCAGGUGCCCGUCUAUGUGGGCAUCAACGCGAAGGAUGGCAAACGACUGUUGCGCGAUGCUCUGACGGCACUCGUCGACACCUCCAACGACGACGUGCUACUCAAGAGCAUCAAUCUCGAUUUGCUGAUGCACACGCGCUCGGAAGAAGCAAGCGUACGGCUUGUGGCAUUGGAGUGUGCUGAGGCGCUUUGGCGCAACCACGGAGGCGAGCUGCUGGGCUUCGCCUCGGAGACCGCAACGUUCGUCGCGGAGACAAGCGAGGAUGAGAACGAUGCGGUCGUGCGCGAAUCUUUGAAGCUCAAGGACGCUUUGGAAGCUGUCGCUGGCCGCAUCAGUGGCCUUUGAAAGGAUCUUAUCGUGUAAACACCUCUCGUAGUGGGGUUGUAUGUUUGCUGCUCACUAAUAUCACAUGUCUGACAUCCAGGGGGAGUCUUUGUCUACGUGC